AUGCUCGCAAAACGCUUUUUUCCGCGUCUAACGCAGCAACCUUCGUUUCAUUUUCAGCAACAGAGGCACCCGCCUCUUCUUCUUGGUUGGAUGUUCCUGGUACUGCCGUUCUUGCCCGCAUCCAAUCUUUUUAUUACCGUUGGAUUCGUCGUUGCGGAACGUGUACUUUAUUUGCCCAGCGUUGGAUGGAUUCUUCUGGUAGUAUAUGGGAUGCAAAUCAGCUGGACGGCUAUUCCGCGCAGAAGAAGUCUGAUCACGACCGGAAUCGUUCUACUUCUACUCCUAGGAUGCUACAGAACGAUACUUCGAAACAGAGACUGGACGUCCAGAGAAACUCUUCUCAGGGCGGGUCUGCGGUCUCUUCCCCAUAACGCCAAGAUGCAUUAUAACUUCGCCAACUUCCUGCGAGACACGUCGCAACCUAACCGAGCUAUUCUACAUUACCAGCUGGCCCUUUGGCUGUGGCCGACGUACGCUAGUGCGCAUAACAACCUCGGAACGCUUUCGGUGGGCGAUCAAGCGGAGCAACACUUUUUGGCUGCGAUACACGCUCAACCGGGGCACGUGAACGCUCAUUACAAUCUUGGUCAACUCUACAGGAAAACGAACAGGACAGAGGAAUGUAUACGGAUGUUGCAAAAAUGCGUAUCCUUGGACCCGGCGUAUACGCCAGCUUAUUUGGUGCUGGCGAGAUUGGCAACUGGUCCUACCGCUGGCGUUCUUCUACGGCACGUGGUCCGAUUACAACCCAAAAGCCCCGACCAUCUCGCGGAAUAUGCAUCGUGGUUGUACCAGAAUGGCAAAUGGCUACCCUCUCUCAAGUACUACCUCAAAGCCAUGGAGGUUUCGCCGUCGCACAGAUCGUCGCUUCUGGGAACGGUCAGGAUAUUGAGAUCGAGGGGUCAGUGGCCCAGAGUUCAUCAACUUAUCACCAGAUGGCAUCUGAUGUUACGAGCGAAACGAGGUGGCCUCGUAUAUCGUGGCGAUCUGUAUAUACGCGCGUGGCAGCUACAAAGUGAAUCUCGUCGUCGAGCGCAUCAACAUCAAGGAAAUAUCUGCUUGUCGCAGGGCGGUUGUUCGACACCGCGUGUCGCCAGCGUGUCAGUGCAGCUCGAGCAGGACAGCAACAAGUCGGAACAGCUGGAGCGAGCGCCUCGUUGCAACGUACGUACCUGUAGACAGUCUAGAAAGGGAAAGGCACGCGUGACCGCUCCCGCGCUUCUCGUCCAGAACCUCCUGGAGACGCUCUAGCUCGCGAAACUCUUCGACUAACUCUCCACCUAUGUCUCUGUUUCUCAUCCUCUCGCCUUAAACGCUGGCAGUUCGACGAGUUUCUGUCUGUCGAUGUGUUCGUGGCUCGAACAGCUGCGAGUCUAGGACUUGUUGGUACUCUCGGCUACUUUUCACGCGUUUCAGUCUCUUACAAUGCGAACGAAAGGAGAAGAAACGGAAGACGAAAAUAUAGGUGGUUGUUUCCGCGUUUUUUCGCGUCACACUCCAGGUGUAUGCGGCGACCAGUGAAAUGUCACGAGAUGGCCGAGAUAUACGCCAAGUCGAGAAAACGUUCCGGAAAACGAGUUGCGGUAUUUAAGUAUUCGAUGUCUACGAUAUGUAUCGCGAUAAGCACCGCGGCUGUAGCAGACAUCGAUCACAACGACUGCGUUUUCAUUGAAGAGGACCAAGCGAGCUGCGCAUCGACUAGGUUCCCCGUUUAUAGUCUACCUUCGGGUAAUACGAAACGAAGCGAUGGAAGGUUCUAAUCGAAAUAAAAAUGAGAGUAACGUAGUUGGAGUGUGGCGAUAAUCUUUUGGACGAGUAACUGAUCGGCGUUGGUUAUAUAGUUACUACUAUCGUCGAGGUAGCGUCGACGUGUUUUUAAACAAUUAUUCGCUGUACUUUGAGUGUGCUUUCGACGUUCUCAGAGAAGCAGCGCUCGUCGCGAUGCUACCCGUUCGCUGGGUUUCUUCCGUGUAAUUUUUUUCUCGCGAUCGAGAGGGAUUUCGAGAGGAAACGUUCGAUUGGGGAACGAAAGGAGCGAAACAAGAAUCUAACGAGAGUCGAUUCGUAAACGAAGCCUUAAUCCAGAACCCCUUAAUGAUCGUUCUUUUUUCGAGAAAUACGCGGAUCGACGAAGCAUACCACAAAAUAUACGACGUUCGUGAUACGUUGAAAAUAUCGCGAAGACCUUGUACGACCGAUCGAUAGAGAAAAUUACACGAUCACGAGGGUGAAAUCUGGUUUACGCUUUUCUUCCGCAGAAGCGUCGUUUCGAAGAGUAUUUUUCUUUCUCUACGUCGUUCCUACGAGACAGAGACGCAUGCGUUCAUAGCGGACAAUAUUGAUAACAAUGGACUGAGAUAUGAUCGGAGAAGCCCUUGGUAAAUGUGUAAAUAUAGUUAAUUAACCAUAUUAAUUGGUCCCUAUUUCGCGACGACACGACACGGCGAACUUUGAUCGAACAGAGAGUCAAGUUACUCUGAAAUUUAUUUUUCACACGUGCAUCGAGGAUGAUCGGGCAGUAUUACAGAGACACGUACACAAUCGACUCGCUAUCGUCAUAAUCGUUUUUCUCGGAUCGUUCUUCUGUACGUGUUUUGUCUCUAAUUGCCGGACACGUAGUUCUCCGCACAUAUGUAAUUACACGGUGCCAAUAUUUAGCGUUUAAUUAAACGUAUCGGCGUUUCUGGCCGUUUGGUAUGGCUUUUGUAAGAAAAUCGAGUAAGGAAGUAUGCGUCGAUGGAAGAAAGAGAAAAGAUAAUAAUGAUGUACGUCAUUCUUCGAUGAGCUUUGUUCGGCAACGUAUCGAACGUUUGGCUAAAGCACGAUUUAAUAUCUAUGUGUUAAAAUGUUGAUUACGAGAGAUAAUAAUUUGAUUGCGGAUAUUUAUGCGCUUAUGAGAGAUUUUCAAGGUGCAAGUAUGUACAGAACGUACGUAAUAUACAGAAAUAUAUAAAAUAUUCGAAGUAAAAUAUUAUAAAUUAUAAUAUCUAUAAUAUUUAGGUUUCACUUUUUUAAUUAUUUUCUUAAAAAUAUAAACUUGCGUAAACGUGUAUUACACGAGUUAGUAAUAGCUGGCAGUUUAACAAUGAUACUGUAAUCGAAGGAAUAUAAAUAAUCGUUUUACUUUUCGAUCUAUGACUACGCUCGUCUUUCCAACAUUAUUUUAUCUUAUUUCUUUCACCCAAUAAAUCUAUUCUUUUUUUCAUACAUAUAUAGAAUAUUUGGAAGGAAAAAUUUUGGAAGGAAAUAAGUAGAAAUAAAAAAUGAUAUUCCAACAAUUUAUUAAAUUCAUUUCAGCAUUUCAAUUCUUCUUAAUCAGAAACAACAAAUAUUCAGGAAUUAAUGAUAGGUAAAAACAACCCGAUUUCGGAAUAUUCUCCGACCUAGAUUAAACCAGGUCGGCAACGUACAACCAAUCAAUCGAAGUUUCAUUUAAAAGCAACCGAUGAAACCCACGAUCGGUGAAUCGGAACGAAAGGGAAACUCGUUCGACGUCCUCCAGCAAGAUAGACGGAUCGAUCGUAGCUACCGUCUUUCCAUCGGUAAACCGAGAAAUCGUGUGUUGCUGCACUCUUAGAAACGUCAGAAGGAGAAACGGUUUUCAAUUAAAAGGAAGUCCGAUGGCGGCGAGUUCUUUUGUGUAUCUUUUGGUUCGAUAGAACGUCCAAGUUUCUCGUUAGAACGUGGUCGAAAGUGACGCAGCACGUUUCUUUCGUUUCUUUUCCGCUUUUAUUUUUUCGUUCUUUUCGUUGAUUGCACACCCGUGCUUGCCUGUAGUCGUAAAUCGUCGCUUUAAACGAACGCCCUCGUCGAAACGUUGCCAAAACUUAAUGGAAGACCAAUGUAUAUACGCUGUAUACUAACAAAAAAAAAGAUUCGAGAAAACAUCGAAAAGUUCGGCGAUGCUUAUUGAACAAUUCUCUACUACGAUAUUGUACGUUUGAGUAAUAAUAAUUCGAGUGAAUUUCUCACGCAAAUUUCAUCAAAUCGGUCGCUCUCGAGAGCAUUAGAUGUGAAAGAAAGAGAGAGAGAGAGAGAGAGAGAGAGAGAGAGAGAGAGAAAGUCGUGCAAUGGAAGCUUCAAAUAAGAUUCGUGGAUGUCAAGAUGCACGAACGUGACGUGAAUUUGUAGAUAACGUUUGCGUUGGUUCAUGUAUACGUUCUAUCUCCUCUUACGACCCACGCAUUCCUCCUCAUUCACGUAUUUCCCCGUAUCCCUCUUUUCUCGUCGAAAAUUUUCGGAUCGAAGCACGUUGGUGAUGAAACAGAGGAGACUGUCAUUGACCAAGCAGCAAUUUACCUCACGAAACUGCUUCUGAGAAUCGAUCUCGUUGUCAGUUACGAACGAGAUUCCAGCAACGAGGUCGCUAGAGAAUCGGUAGUCGCUGAAGGUCGAUUCGAUCAAGAUGAAAUAUUUUUUUAAAUGUGCUGUCGCACGAACGCCGACGCUGCUUCGGUUGAAUCGUGUCGCUUGGUGUUGUGUGAACGAUAUAUUUUUUAGAAAAUCACGUUUGUGUUAGGAUUCGAUCAAAAUAAAAGUUUGAUCAGACACGAGGAAUUUGUAAGGAUAAGAUCGUAUUUCUUUAGAAAUGUUUUAUAUUUUAUAUCCUCGAUAUUUAAAUAUUUCUUUCGUCGAUCGAAACACGCAACACUUCGUGUACACGCGACGAAAUUCAUGCGAAUAUUAUUUGCUUGAUUCUUUAAAAUCGAGAUUAGCGUUUAAAAAUACGCGUGCAUAUGAACCAGAGCGACUGAGUGUUCGGAAAAGCUGGUACGACGAUACUUUUCAUUUGGAAACGGUGUUGUAAUGGAAUCGACGUAAUUUAAGGACCCAGUUAAUUCCUUCAGACGGCGAUGUAAACGUUAUUUUAUUAUCGUAACGAAUAGGUAACGGAGAAGUAUUUAUAUAGCUAUGCUUUCCUACCAGAACGGUACCGAAAUUGUUACAAUAAUUGCUCAGCGAAUAAGGCGAACAGACGAGAGUUGUUCAUCGCUUAUUGUGUACAGUACAACACGAAUAAAAAGAGAAAACAACCUAC